AUGCUCAUACCUUGUCCCAUUGCCACGUCAUCAUCAUCGUCAACGUCUGCCACCACGUCAUCUGAAUCCGCGCAUCAUCAUCAGGAUCUGCUCCUUCUACCAUCGUCGUCGUCGAAUUUCGUGUCGGCACCCAACCACCAUCAUCAUCCGUUCGAUUUGGGCACGACAAUGGAGGCGGCGAAUUAUGCACAAGUGAGAUUCCUUUUUGCUUUUUUUUGUGUCGCUCGACAUCGUUUGUAAUUCUGAUGAGAAUUCUGAAUUAUACCGCCCCACGACGACGACGUCCCCCCCCCCCCCGCCCCGACACUAUUUGAAUUUCAAUUUUAUGCCAAUAAGAACCCCGUCGCCUCUCUUCUCCAACCAUUUUCGUCUUUCAUGGCUUCCAGAGAGGGAUUCAUUUUCUCAUAGUGGUCCUAGUGGUCAACUUCAACUUUGAGUUUCCGUGACGUGGCACUAUCGUAACUCGGACCUCCCUUUAUACGGUUUUUUUGCGAUUUUUCGCCAUCUCUUUGCCUCUAUCGCCUAUUUCUGCGAACUUCCUUCGAUUUCCAACAAUUCUCUAUCAUUUUUCCAUAGUCGUCCUAGUGGUCAACUUCAACUUUGAGUUUCGGUGACGUGGCACUACCGUAACUCGGACCUCCCUUAAUACGGGUUUUUUGCGAUUUUUCGGACGUUUCAUCGCAUUUUUCGCAAUCUCUUUGCCUCUAUCACGAAUUUCUGCGAACUUUUCCAUAGUGGUCCUAGUGGUCAACUUCAACUUUGAGUUUCCGUGACGUGGCACUACCGUAACGCGGAAAUCUCCCCCUUAACAACGGGUUUUUUGUGCUCUCCACUACAGUAUGCGCUGAAAAUCGGUCGUGACACGUCAUCGCCGCCGUCGAACAGCUAUAAUCCGAUUAUUCUCUGAUGAUUGUGUUGUCUAUUCCGAGAGGGCCACUUCCACUUUUCAGCGAAAUACCGCGUUGUCAAGUGACUGCUACAGUACCCCCCCCCCCCCUCUCGAUUGCGGUUUAGUCACACUUUUCAUCGAAAAAUUGAAUCGAUGGCGAAAAAAAAGAGCGUGGGAAUGGUUUUUUUUUGUUGUGAGUGUUGAAAGGGUGAAAAUUGGCUGGCCGCGGCAGAUGUGUCUGGACCCCACAGACCAGGCCGCCCGAUUAGGAGGCGCCUCGGCACCGAAAUGAGGAUUAAGAUUGAUUGGUCUUUUUCUUCUUCUUCUUCCUCUUCUUCUUCUUCUUCUUCUCUGCCGUUUUCUCCCUUUCUCGGGGUGUUCUGCCGAAAAAGCUCUUUCUGAUUUUGAGCAGUUCUGAAUCUUUGACGUCUUCUAAAAAUCUUCACUUUUCGAAAUUUGUUUGUUGUACAUACAAAAAUCUGCAAUAAAUCGGGCUAACUACCGCGCUCUUAUCAUUGCCCCCUGCCGCAAGUUUCAAUGUUGUUCGUGUGGAACAAUGCUUUUGCGCGCGAUUGUCAUCCGAAAGGUCCCAGGUUCGAGUCCGCCAGCUUCAAAAAGUCUUUUGCAUAAGUUCGUCGGGGUUUCUAAUGUGUUUUAGAUUGAUUUUCACAACAUGUUUCCAGGUCAUCAAGCCAACAUGCGAGGCGUUCCAAGACUGGACACACACGCCCAUGUACCACCAUCAACACCUCCAAUUCAUGCUUCCGCACCACGAUUGGACCUACUCGCAACUGGCUCCCGCCCUCCCGCACACUCUCACCACCACAACAACCAUCGCGACGCAGUCUACAGUAAUCCCGCCGCCACCGCAAGCUACCGUAGUCGCCGCUACCGUAGCCCAGCAACAACAACAACAACAACAGCAACAGCAGAACGGCGGCGUCAAAUCGGAAAUCGAACGGCCGGAAAUAAUUCAGCGAUUGCCGUGGGCUCCGUAUCCGUUCUCGUGCGACGACGUCGGCAGUACGGUAGGCGGCGGCGGCGGCCCGGGCGGUCAACCGUCACUUUCGGACAUCUCCGACGACUCUGAACAGACGUGUCCCGACGAUUUGGAGGGGUUUGCGAAGCAGUUCAAACAGCGCAGAAUCAAGUUGGGGUGAGUCUGCUUCGGUUUUUCUUUGAUCGGUGAUGAUGGCCAUGGCAAACUUUUUUCGAAUCCGUCUGUGUUUUCUUCUUUUUCUCCAGACGAUUUCCGUUGUCUCAAGCGCAAACUGGGGCCUGUAGCUCAAUUUUGAACAGAGUUACGGACCUUCAAAGUUGGACUUUUAAAGUUUUAGCUAUUGUCGUGUUCAAAGUGAUUAUUCUAACUUCCCGUUGAUUUUCUUGCCACAAUUGUGUGGCCUACACAUUUUUCAUGCAAUUAACGUCAUUUUGAGCACAAACCAGGCUCUAUAGCUCAAUUUUGAACAAAGUUACGGACCUUCAAAGUUGAACCUUUAAAGUUUUAGCUAUUGUCGUGUUCAAAGUGAUCACUCUAGCUCCCCGUUGAUUUUCAUGUCACAAUUGCGUGUUCCACACAUUUUUCACACAAUUUACGUAAUUUUAAGCACAAACCAGGCUCUAUAGCACUUAUUUGAACAAAGUUACGGACCUUCAAAGUUGAACCUUUAAAUUUUUAGCUAUUGUCGUGUUCAAAGUGAUCAUUCUCGCUUCCCGUUGAUUUUCAUGUCACAAUUGUGUGUCCUACACAUUUUUCACACAAUUUACAUCAUUUUGAGCACAAAUCACGUUCUGUAGCUCAAUUUUAAACAAAGUUAUGGUCCUUCAAAGUUGGAGCUCAAAAAUCGGCGAUAAAGUUUGCAUUGACACAUUACUGUAAUGUCGAAAUUUGACCUACUAGUGUAGUUUUUUUUUUUUGCCAGAAAAUCCUUUAAAAAAACACACACACACACUUGCAGAUACACGCAGGCGGACGUUGGCGUUGCUCUCGGCACCCUCUACGGAAACGUCUUUUCCCAGACGACAAUCUGUCGGUUCGAAGCGCUUCAACUGUCUUUCAAGGUUUGUUUGCGCUCGUUUCAUGCCGCCGCAAAGGCAUCGUUCUUUUUUUUCGCCCGGAAAAAGUUGCACUUCUUUUGACGAGGGAUGAGAAUUGCAGAACAUGUGCAAGCUGAAACCGCUCCUCUUCAAGUGGUUGGAGGAGGCCGACUCGACGUCGAGCUCUCCAAACUCGACGUUCGAAAAGAUGACCGGCCAGGCGGGCCGUAAACGAAAAAAGCGAACGAGCAUCGAGGUGAACGUGAAGAGCCGCCUCGAAUUUCAUUUUCAAGCCAACCAGAAGCCGAACGCGCAGGAAAUUGCGCAAGUCGCCAUGGAGUUGCAGCUCGAGAAAGAGGUAGGUGGCAUGAAGAAGAAUUUUUGUAUCUUUUUUAGAAAAUUUUCUCAUGAAAUGUGCACAACUGACGAAAUGUAGAGCAAAGUGUGCUGUGCUCAUAGAAAAAUAAUUGUAAAUUUAGCUUUUCAUAUAAAAAAGUUAUUCCUUCCGUCUUCCCCGUUAGCCCCCUUUUUCACGGAAAAACUCGAAUAACUUUCUGGUAUGAAACGCUAAAUUUACACUAAUUUUUCUAUGAGCACAGUUCACUUUGCUCUACAUUUCGUCAGUUGUGCACAUUUCAUGAAAAAAUUUUCUAAAAAAGAUACAAAAAAAAUUCCUAAAACCCGCCGAAUGUCGUUUGUUGCAGGUCGUCCGUGUCUGGUUCUGUAAUCGUCGUCAAAAAGAGAAGCGCAUCGCGCCGAACCAGUACGACGGUCCGCCGCAUCCGAUGGCGCUGGCGCCGAACGGAUAUCCGAUGGGCGCCGAUCUGUUUCCCUAUCAGGCGGUCGUGAAUCAUUACACGCAACAGAGUCCUAAUCAAUAA